UUGCAAUGCAAUUAAUCCACAAAAUUCCUUAUUUCGAUCGCAAGGUGAGGAGAAAAUGUCGAAACGAUCGCGUAAUCGAUUUCUCAUCCCCGAGACGAAGCCAUUACUUAGCGCACAAUUUGCGAAAAAUGGCAAUUGAUUAGAGGCCCACUGCGAAAACCUUGCGUCAGCAGCGAAAUUUUUGGAAAUUUUGAAGCAAUUUGAACCGAAAAAUUGAUUUUCUCGCACUUAAUCUUGUCCCACUCCUCGUGUGAUCAUAUCGCACUUAAGACUUGACAAGGACGUGAAUAAAUUCGAAAACUUCACACUUGAAUCAAGAAAUCAGUUCGUCGGUACCAUCAGUCGAGCAAUCGUCAAAAAAGCAUGAAGGAUAAUAGAGUCAACCGCGCCUCGAAACUCGCCCUUUAUUGUCAUCAGAGUUCGAUCGAUCUGUGACAAUUCGGAAGUCCCUCAUUACAAGAAGUGGAUAAUCACACUCAUAAACGCUCAAUUGAGAAUAAUACCAUUUACGUGAUUUGCAUCGAAGAUGAUGUCCAAGAAGGAAUGGUUCAUGGUUUUGUGCAUUUUUAUUUUUUAUUUGAUGAUGGGGGCGGUGUUCUUCCAAUGGGCGGAAUCCGAAGAAGAGAAACAACGCUCAGCCACCAAACGAAUCCAAAGGAGAAUAGUCUGGGAGCACAUCGAGCAGAUUUACAACAGCAAAGCACCUUCGCUCCCUGACCAAAAAAAAUUCACCGAAAUUUUGAGCGACUACUGCGGCAAGCCGGUCAUGAAAGAGAUGACUGAAAUCCGGGAAGACAGCAAUUGGGAUUUUUACCACUCGUUGUUUUUCGUUAUCACAGUGGUGAGUACCAUCGGCUAUGGUAAUUUGGCCCCAACCACCACUCUGACACGCAUCGUCAUGAUUUUUUAUGGUCUGAUCGGAAUACCCUUAAAUGGUAUUGUGAUGGUGACUCUAGGCAAUUAUUUCGGAAGAUCAUUUACGAAACUGUACCAACGCUGGAAAAACAGUAAGACAGACGAGGAUGAUUCCACACGGUUGGGACUCAUAAGUCAAGUCAUUUUGUACUUGGUGCCAGGAUUCACGUUCUUCAUUUUCCUGCCCGCUGGGUUUAUGGUACUUUUCGAGGGCUGGAGCUACGACGUGGCCGUUUAUUACGCCUUUGUCACCCUCACCACCAUCGGCUUUGGCGAUUAUGUUGCAGGAAUCGACCAACCCCCAGCCAUCUCCGAUUUCUACUACUGGAUGUACAAAAUAUUCCUCCUAAUUUGGGUCAUCGGAGGCCUGGGUUACGUCGUCAUGAUCCUGGGUUUCAUAACCCAGUUUUUCCAAAGCAAAAAAGUGAAACAAAUCGAGCAAAUCAUCAGCGAAAACAUCAAAAAGACCCCGCUCCGCAUCCGACAAGAACUCCGAUCCUUGCUUCAAGAAUUCCUGAUCUUGAAAGUGCGAAGAGGGAAAGGUCUGGACCCCUUCCCCCCUCGCCGAAUCAGCCGAACUGCAAGUUGUCCCGAUUUGGACAUUUACCGCAACUUGAAUUCGCCGACAAUGGUGCGAAAACGCGCCCUUUCCGAAUGUCCAGGUUACUACAACCUGCAAAUGUUCGAAUCUCACUCGGACUUGGGCCCUGACGAGCAAGAGCAGCAAAACGAUCUCCUCUUCAAAGUCGUGGACGCCCUCAGCAAUAUAGAGUCCGACCCUGAAGAAGGCGCUUAUGAGAAUUUGUCAGAUUCGGAGAUCCUCGCAAGUGAGAGAUACGGAAGCAAAUGGUCCCUCAAAAGCCAAACUCUCGCACUUCCGAAAUCGCACCGGAGACGGGCCAUUAGUGACAUUCGGGUGCCUUCCAUGCACAAAGUUGAGGCCCGGCAAGACAUUUGGAACGACCGACAGCGGACGUUCUCGGAACCGUCCUCAGAGACUGAAAACCGCUCCGAAAACCUCCUCACUCGUUUCAAAAACCUCAUCAUGCCCCAGAAAGAGAACAAAACCGACGUGGAGCAAGGCCCUCGCAGAGCUAGCAUGUUCACGAGCGCUGAGGAUCGCUAUUUAAGACAGACAAACAGGGGGAGGGUUUCGGUCCUCUCGACCCAACAGCAAGACGCCUUCCUUGAACAAACCUCAAUCGCCGAUUUCAUUCGCGCCCUUUCGGCUAUCACAGUCCCCGAAUCAAUCCUGCCACCCCCAAGCGGCCCUAAGAGAAAGCUGGGGACGGCCAGUUUAUCGCCCCCGAAGGGGCCCUCGCCCCCUAGGGUCCGGCGACUGGCAAUCAGACCGAACCCCCAAGCCCGGAGGACGUCCCUCAUGCCUGAGACGCACAGUCUGCAGCCCGAAAAUAGAAGAUUUUCGUUAAGGCCCGUUGAGGAGAAUUUACUAGCUCCUGCGCCCGACACUCACAGUCUACAGAAUCCAAAUAGGAGAUUCUCGUUAAGGCCCGUUGGGGAGAAUUUACUAGCACCUCCGCCGUACACGCCGAAGCCUCCGGAGGAGGCCCGGAACACCCGGAGGUUCUCAAGGCCGUUCAAUGUUCCCACUAUCACCGUGAGUGGCAUUAGCCCCGUGCAACGACAAGUCAAUAAAAGAGAUAAUAAAAGUGAUUGAGAGUUGGCCUGUAUCAGGUCGAGUGCUCAAUUCUUUCUGUGAUUACUUGUGUCUCAAGUGCCUGUAACUAUUUAUGAAUAAAGAAAUAUAUUAUUUAUUUAUAA